AUGCUUCUCGCGGCAGCCUCGUUGAACUCCGGGGAGGCGGGGUCUUGUGGGGCGGUACAAUACGAUUUGUUUCCAGGGCAUGCAAUCAUUGGACCGCGAGACUCGCUGAAAAUGCUGCUGAGGCUCGCGCUCAUCUUCCAAAUAUGGGCAGCGCUGAUAGAUCCGACGUCUGGAGCUGGUUGCGAGAUGCAAGGAGUCUGCUUCGAAGAAGGCUCCAUCUCCGCACCUUGUCCAGCUCCCCUAAACGCCACCACCGUCGAAGCUCCCCACUCGGACCAGGAUUUCGACAAACUCCGCGAUCUCUGUCCUCAUCUUUUUACUGGUCAGUUUUCAUUAUCUUCUUAAGAAUUUUACGACCAACAUUUUUAUUUUUAUCCUAUUUCCAUGCAACUUUUGUAAGUCUCCAAAAAAUUCAAUUCAAAAUAAAAAUCUUAAUAAGAAGACUUGAAAUUUACCCAGAACUUGUUAUUCUACUGAUCUCAAGACUGGAUCAAAAUCAUUAGAUUUGAACUUUCUUUCAAACUUUUUCGAGGAAAGGUUUGAAUAAAUAUUUUCCACCGCUAGAACUUCUGCAAACCUCCAUUCUUGAGGAUAUCAAAUUCAAAAAAUCUCAAACCAUUCUUUGAGCUAAAUUAUCCUGUUAGCAAAAAGUAGCGCUUUGAAAAAUUUUCUGUGUUUCUGACCACUCAGAGAAAAAUUCCUUCAAGCUGAUGACUCAUAAAAUCGGGAACAUUUGUCACUUUCCGGCAAGCUCAUAUAAAAAACAGUCUGCCACUUACACAGAAAAAAGGAAAAAAUGUAUUCACAGCCUUUUGAAAACUAUAAAAAAAUAAUAUAUUUUUGAGAUAUUACACUAAAAUUAUCAAUUUUACACAAAUAUUUAUCAAAAUCGGAUUUCACAGACGGAAACGAAGUAUGUUGCAACAAACCGCAAGCUCGGGGUCUGGUCAAGCAGCUCGAAUCUUUUAAUUCCGUCUUCCAAAGAUGUUCGAGCUGUGUUGAUAACUUUGCCAAGCUGUGGUGCGACUUCACCUGUUCUCCCAAUCAACAAAACUUUGUGAAGGUGUGUUUUAUUGGGUUUUAUUACCAAUUAAAGUUGGUUGCAAAUAAAAUUCGUGAAAUAACUUUCAAAACGGAGCAAUAGGCUUGGAACGGAGGUUUCCAAUUUUUAAAAGGGUCAUCAUGGGUAUCAUUUGUCUGUGUCUGAAAGCACCUUCUCAAAUUGUUUCGAGACAAAAAUAGCAAAUCCGCUACAAAAAACUGUUUUUAUGUGGAUUCAAGCAAUUUGAUCACCUUUUUUUGCUUGAACCGACACCAAAAAAAAAGUAUUUUGAAUCAGAUAUGACGUUUUUUCGCUUUCCAAACAUACUGCAAAUGGAUUUGAGUAGGCCAUCUCGAUGAAUUUCCCACGUUUUCCUAUUUUCCUUUCAAUCAUACAAAUCAAAAGAUUUCCAAACUUUCCGAACACCAUUUACGGCAACGUGAAUAACUCUUUUGUUGUUUGCUUUUUGAAUCAGUUGCUUUUUGAUUGACUUUUUUUCCUCCAGUGCACGUGUUGCUUACAUCGAUAAGGAAUACUGAAUAAUCUGACGUCAUGAAUCAACAAAAUGUGUCCUUAUUUGUGGCGCAACAGUUCGUUAUUUGAAAGUGAUAAGAUGAAUCAUAUGUAAUCUUAUCAUAUCAAUAAAAAAGAAAGUUUUUGAAGGUCCUGAAAACGGCGGAAAAAGAUGGGACAAGAUAUGUGACAGAUGCGCAGUACAGGCUCAGCAAAGAUUUCGCUGAAGGAGUUUUGAGAUCUUGCAGAAGUGUGAGUUUUCUUCUGGCGUUGUAAUCGAGAAUCAUUAUUGAAAACUGCCCAAGUUUUAAAUUUUUCAAUAAACUUUCGAGAUUUGGAAUGGUAAAAAAACCGAUAGCUUGAGCUUUUGACGGCUUAUCAGUCAUACAUUCAGGAGAAGCUUCAGUUUGCGAUUUUUAAAUUGAAGAGCUCAGAAAAAGUGCGAAGUAUACCUUAUGAUGGUUCACUUCAAAUCUGGAACAAUAGUCUUAAUAAAAAGUUUUUAAAGAUUUAAUGACGCUUUGUAAACCUCUCAAAUUCUUUUCCCGAUUUCUUGAACAUUUUUCAAGAUUCAUUUUUCAGGUGAUGCUCGGUGACCUUCCAGCCAUCUCCCUGAUGUGCCAAGGCCUGGGUCGAUCACAAUGUACCGUGCAGACCUGGCUGAACUUCAUAGGAACCAAAAAUCCUAGUGCUGGAAUCCCGAUCAACAUCAAGUUCGACCUUAUCGACAAACCAACGGCAGACAACACUACUUUAGACCUGGUAUUCAUUUUUUUUUAUAGGCGUUCCUUUAAUCCUAUCAAAUAUUUUAUUCGAAUAUUUUUUAAAAUAUUUUUCAAAUCCAUUAUAUAAUGGCUGAUUGAAAGUUGCAGUUCAACGAAACUUCUCGCGAGGAUUUCAACGACCAGACGGCAACUCCGUGUAAUGUGUCGCCGAGAAUGGGUCGCGACGCGUGUCCGCGAAGCGACUGUGACCAAUAUCCGGAAAAGAAAAUCAUCGACUACACCAUUCCCGUAGAAGAAGUGAGUUAUGAACUGUUUCAUCUCACGUAAUUUCAAAAGCGAUUUUACAUUUUUGUUGAAUUGAAAAGGCCAUCUAAGUUUGCGAGUAUAGAGAUGCAAUUUAAAAAUUUCUACGCUUUUUAUUUCUUCUUUCCGUUAAACCAGUCAUCUUUAGAAAAAAAGAAAAAAGAGUUUUUGAUAAAUUUCGAUAGUUCUUCUUUUGAAUAAUCCAAAUUCGUUUACUACGCACAACUCAUAGAAAACUGGUUUUCAUUAAAUCCACAAUGAUGUGUAGCCUAUUUGUACCUAUAUUUUGGGCAUGUCAAAUAUUUGAUCUGAGCGAACUCUGAAGUCAAAACUGAAUUUUUAGGUUGAGCGGAUAUUUUUGCAAAAAAUCGGGAAUUAAAAAACGGAUUCUACAGUUUCAAGUUCAAGUUUUCUGCUGGUUUGAAAAGCUCUGUCCAUUCCGAAAAGAAAAAUAUUUGAAGGAUCCUCUUAUCUUCUCACUUGACCGUUGAAAGUGCUGAGAUCUUGGUGAGCCAAAAAACGGCUCUUUGUUGCGAUUUUCCUCCUUUCUCUGGGCCUUCCCGUAACUAAGUGGCACAUCUAUCUUUCACUUUUGUCGAGGCGAUGUAGAGCGAUGGUUAUCUUCAAUGCAAACAUUUUCAAAGGUGGAGGGGAUUUUCGAACAAAGAAGGGUUAAAAGUCAGCUCAAAAGAAGCUCAACUCGAAGGAACAAAAAAACUGACUGGUUAUAAAGUAUCAAUUCCCAGGAGACAUUUUUUGGGAGAAACAUCCUUUUUCGGGUGUUACCAGACUGUUUGUCACUUAGUUUACGUUUGGUGUCGUUUGGAGGGGAUUUGCAAACCGGGGCAAAAGUUGCAAGCCAAGUUGCCGCCACUAAGAGAGUAGAUAAAUAGAAAGGCGCUAGGCUAGCUUGGGACCGGCCUCACGCGUCUCUCGCGCGCCACUGCUAACGUCAAUAUUUUCCGGGGGCAAGUACAUUCGGUAGUAGCAAAUGACAAAAGGAGAAAGUUGGAGUCAGAUGAAGGUUAAAAUUUUAACUUUCCUUCAAAAAAAUACUUAUUUUGAGUGCUUGACUCAUUUAUGAAGUUCUACUGCUAGUAAAUAUUGAAAAUUCUGAAACUUCACUCGAAAAUGGUUUUGAUAGUUACAGCCUUUAAGAUUUCCCAAUUUUCAAAAAGACGUUCGAGGUCAAAGUGGUCACUUUAAGAUUUGGAGUCUUUUUAUUUAAUUGAGGUUAUACGCUCAUUGAAGUCCUGAAGCGACUUUUUUCAAAUAUUUGUUUUUUUCAAAUGAAUUAAAAAAACGUUCAUUAUAAUUUAAGCCUUCAGAUAAAAAAAUAAGCUUUGGAUUAAUGAUUGUAGAGAUCUCGAAGAUGAUUUUUAAAAAAAUCCAGAAAAAAAUUUUUCUUUCAUACAGAACGGAUAAAAAAAUUAAUUAAUCAUUCAACUUAAAAAAUUUUUGGGAAUGUUGGCUCAUAGAACAAUGUCCGAAAUUCCAUCAAACCAAACUUUUUUUCAAAAAAAUCACAUAUUCUGCCUAGGGUCUACUUGUUAUUUUCCCACAACUUCUUUUUUUUUUCGUUUUUUCAGCUCCCAAGAAGACCCACUAAGCGACUUCCCCCAAUGUUUUUGCGCUUUGGAAAAAGAUUUGCCGGGCGAGAGCCAUGUAAACAGCGGCACAUAUAAAUGUAACUCUUAAAAACCGAACCACAGACAAACUUUGAUGAUGCAUCAGAAAGGUUUUCAGAGAAAAAAAAACGUUAUUUGUUUGCUGAAACUGUUUGCAAAAAAAGAGAACAAUGCAGUUUUUGAUGACUCAUAAUUGAAUUGGGCUCUUUUUUGUGAUUUGUCUCUGUGAAUUUGCUUAGAAACAGGGGAAAAAAUGGGACAGAAAUCAUAAACGAGAAAAUGAUCAGAUUGAGGAAAAAAAAAGUUGGAGAAGAUUUUUUUGAAAUUAUGAAAAAGUUUUUUUGAUGAUUUGAAUCAAUUUUUAAAAAAAGAUUUUUUUCAGGAAGUUCGCUUCUCGAUCUUGUUGCCUAUCGAUACGUCGAGGUUGUUUCUGGGAGCUACGAUUAUUCUAUCGAUUAUGGUAUUCUACUGUGUUUGGUGCGUGUUGAGCCGGAGGAAAAAAGCCAGACGAGAGGAAAGGGUGGGUUCACUUAUUUAUGAUAAUAUUUUACAGGAUAGGAUUAUUGUUAAAAAGAAUAACCAAAAUUAUAGCUUUAUGGAGAAACCAAAAAAAAAAUCGUAAAUUAAAGAUUGGAGCUUACAAAAACCUGAGCUCAGAAUUUUUUUCGAUUUUUUUGUUAGGGCAUGAAAAAAAUUUUUUUGGGCCUUGAGAAAGCUCGAAUCAACGACUUGAGUUAUCAAAAAAGGUGUAAUAAACUUGGUUCGCUAAAAGUUUCAAAUCAAUUAGAAUUCUAGGCUCGAAACUGUAUAUUCAAAAAAGGAUUUAUUUUCUAUCCUUCCAUUUUUUCGCAUGUCGAUCUUGCAUUUUUCGAGCUUUGCACUUUCAUCUACAAGAAUUUUCAACCAAUUCAAUUUUAGAGUUAUGCUCCCGGCCGGCUGCAUAGAACUGGAGCCUGGAUCGAGCGACAACUCGAGAGCGGAUGUACCGAAUACGGCCGGGUUGGGAAACAAAAACGGUCUUCCUUACAAAAAGUAUUUUUUAAGCUCGUGGCUCGAAACCCUUACAACGCUAUCGCGACAGGCUUGGUCAUUGCAAUGAUCGCCUGCAGUGGAAUGAUUCAUUUUUCUUUGGUAUCGGAUCCAGUUGAAAUUUGGUCUUCGCCGAACUCCAGAGCUCGUCAAGAAAAGAACUUUUUUGACGCCAAAUUUGGGUCAGUUGGAUGGUUCUGAACUGCUAGAUUUUUUUCCUAUUUACUGAAGGGCCUCAGAAAGAAGAGAAAUAUUGGGAAAGUGAAUGGUAGAUUCUUUGAAAAACGUAAAAGAUUUUUCAGGUUUCUGAGGCUCACAAUUGCCCAAUCUGCAAAAACAAGAAACUUUUGAAGUUCAAAUUACCUUCGGCCGUAAAGUUGAUAAAUACGGCAGCACUUUUCAGCGCGAAAAAUCAAAGAAGCUAGAAUUGAAAUUACCCAAAAAAAUUCCCAAAGAACGCUGAAAUUCUUUUUCCACGUUACAGAUCGUUCCAAAGAAUCGAGCAAGUCACGUUUGUCACGAAAAGCGAUUUAAGGAGUGAUGAACUUCUCCCAGGCGCCAUUUUCGACCAAGCUCACUUUGAAGAGGUUUUCAGCUGUAAAUUAAUCUUCUCCUUCAAAAAAAAAAUUCAGAUUCUGAACGUAGUCAAGGAAAUCGAAAACAUCACGGUUCUUUGGCCUGGAAGCAAGAGGACUUCAGCUAGAAGCAUCACUCUGCAGGACGUUUGCUUCAGACCGAUGGGUCCAAAGGCUGAUUGCCUUGUCAUGACUCCUACUGGAUACUUUCAGGUUCGUCUUGAUCUCUGAAUUUCGAAAUAAAAGCGAAUUUUAGGACGAUUUGGAAAAAAUGAAGUUGAAUUUCACGCCUAUCCAAAGUGAGGACGACUUCAACUACGACGAUCCGGAAAGUGGUCCUGCUUUUCCUUUGCACAUCAAAGAAUGCCUAACGUGAGAAUUGAUUUUUUGAUUAGUUCAAGGUUUAUUUUUUCAGGACUCCAAUGAACAUCAACACGAAAGCUGGCUUGAGCUGUCUGGGACUUUACGGAGGACCGAUUUUCCCAAAUAUGGUCUUUGGUCAGCAUCCAGAACGAAGUGUCAGUUUUUUAUUGAAUUAUUUUUUCAUUUUAUUUUUGGUGAAGUUUUCAUGAACUUCAGGUUUUUUCUUGAGUAGGCAUCGAAUAAUCGGAAAUUGAAUGAUAAGUGAUAAACAGGCUUCAAAAACUCAAAGUUUCGUGAGGCUGUGCUCUUGAAUAUGUUCUUGGAACCAUUGUUCUUUCCAUGUUCUUGGCUUUCAUGUUGAUUUGUUGUGUUUGUAAUUCCAGAAAAAGUAGGUUAGAAAAAGUGUUUGUGUUUUUAAUUCCAGAAAAAGUAGGUUAAGGUCCAAAAAAAAUUGGAAAAAAAAACAGAAUGCAGUUCAACUUUUGUUCAGGUAGAAGAAUCACAUGUCGCCACCGUUACCUACACCUUGAAUCGCAUCGACAGCGAAGAAGAUCGUGAAAAAGCGCUGAUUUGGGAGGCCGCGUACGUCAAAAAUCCCUUGAAAUGCAAAUUCCUUUAUUUUACAGGUUCAUCGAGAAAUUGAAAAACUACAAGGUCAGACAUCCAAACAUCACUAUCUCCUUCAUGGCUGAAAGAUCUAUCGAGGUUAGACAUUAGGAAGAAAGACCCAUGAAAAGUUUCCAAACCUCAGGACGAACUGACAAAUGAAGCCACUGACGACAUUGGAACCAUCGUUCUUUCCAUGUUCUUGGCUCUCAUGUUGAUUAUCGUCAACCUCGGCGAGUACAGAGUGCUCGACAACAAGUUGGCAACGCUUUUGGUCCAUUCGAAAGGGUUGAUUGCCUUGUUGUCCAUUCUGAUCAUGGUAAUCAGUACCUUUUGGUGAGUUUUAAUUUUGAUUUUUUUCAGAAAGUUUUUUUUUCCGAAUGUUAACUUUUUUUGUUUCAUGUUUCUUUCAGCUUGUAUACAUUACUGUUUUUUAAAACUUUUUUCAUGAACCAUGCGGAUAGAAAUCUCAUGCUCUUGUUUGUAUUUGCAUGAGAUUUUAUUAAAAUUGGCCGAACAAUUAAAAAAAAAAUCGUGCGCAUUACUUUGAAACCAUCACUGUUUGACGGAAAACUUCCGGAAUAUUGAAAAGCUUUAAGAAAGCUCUAAUGUCGCAAAAAAUGGUUCAAAUCGAUCUGAGAUCUGAAAGUUACAGCUCCGUCGGCGUCUUCUGUUACCUGAACGUGAAGGCCACAAAAAACGCCAUGCCGGUCCUUUUCUUCAUGGUCAUGAGUGUGGCAAUUAAUCACAUCUUUAUCUACGUGCAAACCUAUCAAGUGCGAAAAUCAUCCUAAGUCAAAAAAAAAAAUAACUUUUCAGAGAUGGUGGAGAAAAGACGGAAGAACUUCCUUGGAAGAGAGGUUUGGCCUUCUGUGUGGCCAAACCAUGCCGACAAUCUUGUUGAGUGUGGUUUCUUCAAGUUUCUGCUUCUCCAUGGGUAACAAAAUUUGAACUUUGGAAAAAAUACAAACAUAUUUUCUAGGAGCUCUCACUCCGAUGCCUGCUGUCAGUUCAUUCUCACCCUACGCUGGUCUCGGCCUGGUUUUCAACUUCAUUCUGCAAAGCACAAUCCUCCUUGGAGCCUUGCUUCUCGAUAUCCGCAGAGAGGAAGUAAGCUAGUUUACCAACUUUACUUGGAUCAUACAGAAAAACACAUUUUGAAGCUUUUUGAAAAAUUUUCUCCCUCGAGUUUUUUUUCAAAAUUUUCAAACCUCAGCUGUGAUCUCUAUUCUGUCUUUUUUUUUGAGGAUUUAAAGUCGAUGUCUGAAAAACAGUAAUAUAAUCUAUCAACUUUAAAAAUGAACUCAAGUCGGAAUUUUCAAAAAGAAGGAAACGGUUUUUGAUUGAGAAUUUCACAACUUGGUAUCUACUGGUUUUUUCUCCCAAACUUUAUUAUACAACUAUAAACUUUUUGAUUCAAAAAUAAAUAAUCUUCCUUUCAGGAUGGCCGCAUCGAAAUAACCCAGCAAAAGAUGGUCGAAAUCGAUGAGGUCGUUGAAGCUGAAGGUUACGUCAUGGCCGUGUAUGAAAAAACGUUGGCCCCAGUUCUGAUGAAAAAGAGCACCAGAGCUAUUAUUGUUCGUUUUGAAACAAGGGAAUCUUCAAAAAUAUCCAAUUUCAGAUCGUGAUUUUCGGAAGUUUUUUCAUCUUAUCCGGGUUCGCCGCCACGACCAUUAAAGUUGGAUUCGAUCAGACAAUGGCUGUUUCUGAGGUCAUUUUUGGAUUUUCAAUGGUGAAAAGGCAUAGGAGUCAGGAUAUAAAUCAUUGGAUCUACAUAUAGGAUAAUGAUACUGUAGACUGGAUCAUAAUGAAAAAAAUAUUUUUGGCUCUUCUCUUUCUUAUUCGAUUGUUCGACAUCUGAUUUAAGUAAAAUAAUUUCAGAACAGCUACUUGAGCCAGCACUUCAAGUACCUCGACCUGUAUAUGAACGUUGGGCCUCCCGUUUAUUUUGUCGUGAGAGGAGAAGUCGAUUUGCAUGACCCUUAUGUACAGGUAAAGAAAAAUAAAGGAAACAUUGGUAAUAUCAUUUUUAAGAAUUCGUUUUGCACCGGCGCUGGAUGUAAUGAGAACUCUUUCGGGAACAUUCUUAUCGAUGCCGCGAAUGCCAAAAAGUUAGUUUUGUUUUUUUAUCGGAAAAAAGAAAAAAAGAGCUUGACAUGAUGUGUAUUUUUUUGAUUGUCAGAAAUUUCUUCUUGAAAUUUGUUGAAAUGAAGAAAAAAAAUCAAUUUUUUUCAAUUAAAGAAGGUUUGAUGGAUUUCAAAUGUUCAUUAGCUCACAAAUUAACUUUUUUUCUCCAAUACACAUUGAUUGUCUCAAAAUAAUGUUAAACUGAAUGUUUUGAAAGAAAACUUUGUUCAUCUGAAAAACUGCCAUAUUAUAACGAUGAACCAGAAAAUAGCAACUACGGCAAAGUCCAGGAAGACCUAAAAAGAAGCUUUCAGAGAAAAUGAUUCCUCAAAAAGUAACAGAAGAAAAAUUGAAUAAGAUGGCCAAAAAAUGAAGAAAGAAAGUUCAGUGAAACUUUUGGCACUAUUUUGAAACGCAAUAAGAAGCUUUGAACUUUUCUUUUCGGAGUCUUUUUGAGUCGGUUUAGACCCGGCCUGUGAAGCCAAAGGAAUUCAAAAAAAUUGCAGAGGAGUGGUCCAAGGCACAGUCUUCAACUGGGUCGACACCUACCUCGAAUGGAUCAGCCGUGACGGAAAUUGCUGCAAAGUUCGACCCGACUCUCCAAAAACGCUAUGUGGUCAGAAAGAACUUGAAAGUGCUCAAAAAUGCUCUUGACCUUUUCAAAAUACUUUAUUCAGUGAGAGGCUACAACGGUUCUGCCGAAUUCUGCACAAGUUGUCUCAAUUUCGACAGCAUCGCCAUGAGGGCCAAGAACACUUCCAGCCUCAUCUACAACCGGCCUUCGAUGAAGACUUUCUAUGAAUAUCUGCCGGCUUUCAUGGAAGACGUCCCGAAUUUCCGCUGCAUAAAAGGGUUAGUUUUUCUAAAGAAUUUUAAGAAAAGGUACCAGAUUAGAGUACAGAAAACAAACCUAAAGAAAAAUUACAUGUACAUACGCGAUAAAUUGAUGAAUUAAUCCAAGAAAACCUCGAAAAAUUGAUUUUUCCUUUGAAGCAUUCAUGUACAGAAGACUACGCAAAUGUGACACAAUUUUUGAUUUUAAAGACCUUAAUCAUAAAAUAGAUUCUCUUUCUUUUUUUCCGAUUUUCAUUUUCGGUGAUUUAUUUGCACCAACUUUUAUCAGGCUUCAUCAAAAAUUACUCCGGUUCCCUUUGGAGGUAGCUUCGAUAAUCUAGGAACGAAACUUUCAAAAUUUUCCUUUCAAGUUUUAUUAGAGCUUUUUACCUUUUCCCGCAGCUCUACAGUAUAUCAAUUUUACAAGUUUCCAAUUUUUCCUUGAUUUUAGCGGUCGAGCAGCUUUCAAAGACGCCAUCAGCCUCAAUUCUCGUGGACGAGUCAGCGCUUCGCAUUUCAUGGUCCUGGGUAGAAAGAUCCGAAUCAGCAAUUCUCAGGAGUUCAUGGGUUGGUUUUUCGAAAAACUGGAGGAAUAUGAAAAUGUAAAUUUCAGACGCGAUGACCAUGGCGAGGACUCUGGCAGGACACCUGAGAAAAGCUCUCAACGAUACGGUGGACGUUUUUCCUUACAGGUACUUUUUUUUGAAAAAAUUUCAGCGUACAGGAAUAACUUAAGGUUAAAGAAAAUAUUUAAAAAAGGCAUUUUUUUCGAAACUUAAAAUCAGAAGAUGUAUUCAGAUAGCUUCUAGUAACCCUCGAAAAAUCAAUUAGAAAAUCCGUUUCUUGAAGAAAACUUGAAUCUCUGAAGCUUCAUCUUCAAAAAAUUGAAGCUCUAAAAAUAAAUAGAAAAAUAUCUUUCAGCCCGUUCUACGUCUUUUAUGAAGCUUAUCAAGACUGUGUGGAAACUGCGGUUAGUGUUAUUCUUCUGUCGUUGACGGUCAAUUUCGUGGUCACGGGAAUCCUUCUUGGAAUCGACUAUAAAAGUGCUCUGUUCGGAGGUGAGCCUUUUCCCUAACUUUCACUCAAUUGAUUAUCAUUCAAGCUUAUCAGUAGAGUAUUUCUUAUCGAAUAUUUCAGUUAUGACAAUCGCCAUGGUGGUCGUCGACCUGAUCGGGAUCAUGGCCAUUUGGGGAAUCGAACUGAACGCCAUUUCUAUCGCCAAUUUGGUCAUGGUAUGUUUAUAUUCAAACAGAUGCUGAGAAAUGAUAUUAUUCUACUUCAGGCCCUCGGGAUCUCUGCGGAAUUCGUCGUCCAUAUUCUUCGCGGCUACUGCUAUUCAGAAAGAGUCACGAGAGUUGACCGAGCGACCGAAUCUUUUGUGAAAGUUGGAUCCACGGUCAGUUCUGUUCCCAGCCUCAUCUUCUUCGAAACCUCUUUAGAUGUGUUUUUUAUUUUUAUAAAAUGAAAGGAAACUUUUCUGAUUAAAUUCGCGUUCUUCUUGUGAAAUCAGUCAGAUAGACCUGUGGUUUGUUCCAAACCGGAUGAAAAGAUUCCGCAAUGAUUCGACCUUUCGAAUACGCCUGUUCAUUCUGUUUGAAAAAAUCAACUUUUUCAGAUCUUCUCCGGCCUCACCUCUACUCUUCUAGGUGCCUCUGUCAUCCUGGCCUUCUCCCACUCUCAAAUUUGCAAGGUAACAACCUUAUCUUAUGUUCUGAGGUAAUUUGAUAAUUCCCCAGGUCUUUUUCUUCCGGAUGGUCUUUUCUACUGUGGUCCUUGGGGCGUCGCACGGAUUGAUCUUCCUUCCGGUUAUCUUGUCGCUGGGAGGAAAUGACCGUGGAAGCCGCCUCAAUCGCCGCGAGCGCGUUUUUGCUGAAGAAGGCAACGGUCUGAAGAGGAACCGCUCGUCGCAUGAAUCGGCUGUUUCUACUGGUUAGUGAUUCGUUUCAGAAACUUUCGAACGUUUUUUGAUGUUUUUCUUGGAAUUCCUUCAUUUCAUUCCUAAAUUUUCUUUCGAGGCUUCUUCCAAACACAUUUUUUCAAUGGUCUAAUUGAAAACAUUCUUCAAAGAAGAAACUUUGAUAAAUAACUCGGGAGAUCUUCCAAUCUACAGCCAGUAGCGAAAAUGCUUGAUUAACCUUCAUACUAACUAAAUGAAAUUUCCGCUUUUCUUGAUAGGCUAAUAAAUUGAAGUACCCGUUAAGAGCUACUUUGAAAAAUACACAGAAAGUUUCAAAAAGCCUUGUGAAAGCAUUUAAUUUCAUUAAUUUUUUACACCGUCCAGCAAUGAGCUUAUAAGGGUACUCAACUCAAGAUUUAUUAUAUGAAUAAACAUUUUUUGAAACAGAAAUGUGAUAAAUAUAAACCUGUUAUUUUUCAGAGCGAGCCAACCUCGUGGAUAUGCCAUUGGAAGGACUUCAGUUGGACACUCUCGAUCUGCCGGCCGUUGAUGUCCAGGCGCCGUGCGUCGACCUUGACGACGUCUAA